GAAAACGGAAUGAAGUAUUAUUUUUGUGGAAGAUUUUUGUAGUGACAGAUUAAAUGACGCUAAAGUUUUUUUUGGAGGAAAAUCCUGAAAAACCUCCUAGAUUUUCGUAGUUUUGUCAAGUCCAAGAAAUCAUGAGCGAUAUGAGUAAUAUAUACUUUGUGGACGUUGAACCUAAGGGUGAGCCUGGUGAGCCCAUGAGUGAUAUAGCUCAAGAAGUUGAUGCCAUAAAAGUAUUCCAAUCCUGGGGACUCUUACCAAGAACAAUUGAACGUCUCAUUUACUGUGGUAUCAAAGGAUUGGAGCAUCUGGAGCACAUGACUCUAGCAGAUAUGGAAAUAAUAUUCAAUCAGGACAGUCAACUUGGAGAAAAAAUUCUCUUCAGAAAGUGCCUGAGAAAGUGGAAAGAUCACAAUGGAUUUGAGCCAUUGGUGCCAGAUAUUAGCUAUGUAGAACGACCACCAAAAUACUUUAGAAGCAAUUCCUACAGAGAUUUAUCACCAGAACCCUUUAAUGGCCGAAUCUCUCCAGCACCUAAGGACAAAGACUUCAAUUUGCGCGAACUUCUUCGAGAUUCGCUAAAGGGUGUUAAUCUCCUAUCAUCCUAUGAGAAAAACUUCACCCUGACCAACAAGGAACAGUGCUAUAUCUGCCAAGUCACUGUGGACUAUCAUAUGAGAAAAUAUCCUCGAAUGAAGAUGUCCCUUGAUCAAAUUGUCAACUACGUGAGGGAAAUCAUCAAGGCAUUUCCAUCAGAACUCGAAUCCACUUACUAUGUUCCUCGGUCAAAAUCAGCCACAAAGGCACCUCAAGGAAAACUAUACCAUAGAUACCUUAAUGUUUACUCCAAAAUUCGCAAGGAAAGCAUAAAAAGCCGGGAGAGCACACCAUCAGAUUUUGGAUAAAUUUACAUUUUUAUGUAGUUUUGUUUAUACAUAAAACUCCUUAUCCAUAUGCAAUAAAAUAUUGGUAAAAA